AUGCGACUAAAGCAGGCAGUGCCGGCAGCGUUGGGUCUCCGGGUAUUAGUCCAGGUAUCGGUAGGUAAGGUAGCCAAAGGAUUUCUGCAAGGUCAAGUCGGGUGUUGGACGAGGCAAAAAGAAGUCGAGGUGGCUGGAAGUGGAUAUACCGAGUGGGAGUCGCGCGUCGGUGGUGGCUCUAUUAUCGUGCCCUUGCUCGAUUGCCGUUGUAUUUUUGCUGGGACCGACUGGGGCGUUGUUUAUGCUGAUUGCUGCCCUUGCAAAACGAGAGAAGGACCAGAAAAUGUGUUUGGACACAAAGGUAAAUGGUUAGAAACGAGUGUGCAAGGCGGGUCGAGACGGGUCGCGCGCGCAGUGUUGCUGUGGAAAGGGGGGGAGCAGAGAAGGAGAAGGAGGAGCUUCAGCGUUGACUCCUUUCGCACGGGCGUGUCGUGUGUAGAUGUCUUGUGCCGGGGGGGUUGA